AUGCCUUCACUGACUUACGGGUUCAUCCACUGUGCCCUGGAAGACCUGGUGACCAAGAAAUUUGGCGCGGAGACGUGGAAGCUGUUGCUAGAAAAGUCUGGCAUAACGAUGCACGGCGCUUCGUUCCUGAUGCACAAGGUCUACACCGACGAAGUCACCCUCAAGCUGGUGGGUGCGGCAUGCGAGGUCCUGGGGCUGGACCUCGACACGUGCCUGGAAGCCUUCGGAGAACACUUCCUGUACUUCUGCCAGCAGCACGGCUACGAUCACAUCCUGCGCGUGCUGGGCUCCAACAUGGCCGACUUCCUGACCAACCUGGACAACCUGCACGACCACCUGGCCUCCACGUACCCGGGCAUGCGCGCGCCGUCUUUCCGGGUCACGCCCGGACCCAACGGAGAGAUCCUGCUGCACUACUACAGCGACCGCAAGGGAUUGCAUCCUAUCGUGCUGGGAAUCGUCAAGGUGGUGGGCAAGCAGUUCUUCAACACCGAGGUGAGCGCCAACAUCUCCGUGGUCUCCGAGUUCGGGGACAGGGCUCACGUCACCCUCGAGAUCACCGAGCUCAACAAAGAAGGCAAGAGCAGCCUGUUGCCGAGCAACGUGCUGGAGACGCUGAGCAACCGGCCCGAGGACCUACCGAUGGGUGUGAAGACCAUGUGCGCAGCCUUUCCGUUCCACGUGGUCUUCGGCAAGGACUUCGGAGUCGUGCAGGCGGGCAAGGGACUGCUGCGCCUCGCCGGACACCUCUGGAAGCGGAGCAGGGCCCAGGGAAGGCGCCUCAAGUUCGACGACCUGUUCGAGAUCAGCAGGCCCGUCAUCGACUGCACCUUCGAGUCCAUACGGAGCUACUGCAACCAGGUGUUCGUGGUGCAGGCCCGCGAAGGGGUCUUGCAGUGUCCCCGAGAGGAAGCGGGGAGCCCGGGGCAGGGCCGACCGCUGCUCCGUCUCAAGGGCCAGAUGGUGUCCGUCGAAGAGACGCAGAGCAUCCUGUUCCUGUGCUCCCCUCGCGUGAAGGACAUCGACGACAUGCGCCGCAUCGGCCUCUUCUUCAGCGACCUGGCCAUCCACGACCCGGCCCGGGAGCUCUUCCUCCGGUCCCACCACCACCGCGGCGAGCGGGAGCUCAUCGAGAAGCUCGACGAGGCCACCAACAGACUCAAAAUGCUCCAGUCCAAGCUGGACGAGGACAAGAAAAAGACAGAGGAGCUCCUUCAUUCCAUCCUGCCCUCCAAGGUGGCCAAGCGUCUGUGCCAGAACCUACCCGUGGAAGCGGAGAAGUUCGAGACCGUGUCGUGCCUCUUCUCGGACAUCGUGGGCUUCACCAGCAUGAGCGGAAGCUGCGAGCCCAUGGAGAUCGUGCGUCUCCUGAACCACCUGUACCUGCAGUUCGACAACCUGUCCAACCUGCACGGCGUCUACAAGGUGGAGACCAUCGGAGACGCGUACGUGGUGGUGGCAGGGGUGCCCGAGCCGGUCGAGGACCACGCGGACCGCCUGAUCGCCAUGGGACUGGACAUGAUCACCGCCACCCGCGGCGUGCUCAGUCCCGUCAACGGAGAGCCCAUUCAGAUGCGCAUCGGCGUGCACACGGGCUACGCGACGGCCGGCGUGGUGGGCCUGACCAUGCCCCGCUACUGCCUGUUCGGCAACACCGUCACCCUGGCCAACAAGACGGAGAGCCUGUCCAAGCCCUCCAGGGUCAACGUCACCGAGGUGGCCAGGAGGCACCUGACCAAGCAGGACUACGUGUUCGAGGAGAACCUAGACGUGGGAGACUUCCCGCUCAAAUGCUACCUCGUGGACCUCGCUUCCCAGAAGGGCACGUCGGGGGACGCCGCCGCCACCCUGGUCGAGUCCACGGGCGCCGCCGAAGACAGCAUGCUGCUCUCGCCUUCUUCGUCCCCCGUCAGGCGAACCUCGUCCGUGCCGUCACCGUCCUUCGAGGCCGACGAGAUCGGCAUGUUCAUUGAAAGCCGGUUCACCAACAAGUCCACGAAAAUCGGCGAGCAGCAACAGCCGACCACCGCCGACGGCAGUGAGUCCCCGCUGUUCGCGCCCAGACAAAAAGCGACAGACCCGACGCAACACGCCGUAAAGUACGUCCACAAGGACAGCGGGACAAUUCGACAAGCUUCAGGGGUCGCAGCCCAGGACAACCCCAGCCCCAACAGCGUCGACAGCCUGGGACUGCCGUGGCAAGACCAAGCAUCGGCCAAGUCCGGCAACCGAUCGUUCAUGGGCCUCCGCUGGAAACAGCCCAACAGGAUCAAGGGCCACGACUCUAAGAAACCCAACAGCAGUUCGGCUCCGUCCGUGGCUGCGGAUGACAGCGAAGACGCAAGCGAAGACCACAGUUUCAAACAAGAAAGCCCCGAGCCGAAACCCGGUCGGCUGCAGUGCCCCUUCUUCCGAUUUCGCGCGAGGACCUCGGGCCUAGACGACGCCCAGUGUAGCAGCAAGCCCACGUCGCUGGGCAGCAACGCCGGGAGCACGCAGGAUUCGUCUCGGAGGGUCGAGGGCCGAAAGAAGGACAAGUUCUGGUCGAGGGUCAUCUUCCCGUCUUGAGACCCGCGGGGGAGGCCCUAGUGACAUUGUCCCUCGAUAUUCCCCGAAGCAACCGGCGCGCCUCAGCCAGACCCGAGCACGGCCUUUUGCGGUGGGACGGCCCGCCGCGCCACGUACACAGUCCGACAGAGCUUCUUCUGCCCGAGGGCCCCAAGAGCACCGACGUUUCAAAGCGGUCCCAGACGACACGUCCAGCCUGCCACCGAGAGACCCACCUCCGAGUCGGUGUACGACUCAAGCCUGCCAGGACGUGCGGCCGUCACAUCAUUUCCUUUCCAGCUUGCACCGAAAUAAAUUCACAGAACGGCAAUCUGGCGUCCUCUCUAGCGGAUGCAGAAG